UCUUAUCCUCGCCGGCGGAAAACACCAAAGCUUGACGUGUGUUGACGUAAUGACAAGGGACAUGUUAAUAAAUUACUAAUGUAGGCUUUUGUUUGUGCCGGGUUGUUAAAUAAAACAGUGGAGCAGCAAAAGAAGAUAACGCAAGGACUUUUGGCCCAUCGUCACUUCCGCUUCUCAUUGAUUCAACCAACGGCGAGUUCACGUCGGUCACAUUGUGGCGAUUGAGUGAAUUUUAAAGACAUGGUUCACAAGAAAGAGCCUGAAUCAGAGCCUCGGCUUUAUGGCUUUACCAGAACAGCGUCUGUUGUGUUGACCCACCUCAUCUGCCUUGGCUUCGCUGUCUUCAUCUCAGUUCUCUCUCGACCUGGUACAAGUUGGUUUUCUUGGCAUCCUUUCUUGAUGACCCUAGCUUUUUCCUUCUUCAUGACAGAAGCUAUACUCCUCUUCUCACCUGAGGGCUCUCCUAUAAAAAGUUUUUCACACAAAACCAAAGGUGGUGUUCACCGGCUCCUGCAGGGCCUCUGUGCUUCUUGUGCAGUCCUGGGCUUUGCUGCCAUCUUUUAUAACAAACACCUGAGUGGUAAACCCCACUUCACCUCGUGGCACGGUCUGUUUGGCCUGCUGACGGUGUGUGUGGUCAUUGCGCAGUCCUUGGCAGCAAUGCCUCUCAGUUAUCCUUCUCUAGCCAAAGGCUGGUCCCUCGCCAAACUCAAGCGCUACCACGCGGCGUCUGGACUCAUCACCUACCUGCUUGGCAGUGCCAGCAUGCUCCUGGGCCUCUGCUCUGUGUGGUUUGCUGGAGCUGUCAGAGAAUACACCUGGUACCUGUCAGCACUCUGCCUGGUGCUCAGUGCCUUUGUCAUAAUGAACCAAGUCUCCAGAUCUUACAUGGCUAAAAAACGGUUCCAGUCCUGAUGAGGAUGUAAAAGAACUUAAGAUGAGCUAGCCUCACAGAUUAAACUUAUUGAGUUGGAUGUUUGUUUUUUUUAAUUGAUUUACAUGGAGGGCAAAAGGUGCUGGUUUUUGCUGCUAUGAGCCUCCCUGAUGUUUGUUUGUUUAUUUGUUUUUGAAGAAGAAAAGGCACUAUGUGUGAUUAAUGAAAUCCUUUUUCAAUAGGCAUGGAACCAGAGCUGCAAUUGUAGACACUGAGGUCAUGUCUUAUGUAGUCUUUCUUGGAUUUUGGGUUAUCAACAAAUAUCAGCUAUUUGCUAAUUUAAUACUAUCAACAUUUGUAAUAGCCAGUAAAUGAGAAUUAAAGAUGAGACAGAGGAAGCAGCCUUUAUAUUUUGAGUGUCGAGAAGAGUGUAAGCGAGUAAAUAAAUAACUACACAUCAACGUUAAAUGUUGAAAGAAAAUAAAAUAUUGGCACAUUUAUUGGAUAUUAGAUUUUUAUAUCAACUAUCAGCAUUUGUAUUGUUCUUAAAAAAAAAAAACUGACACCAGUUGGCCUCUAAUUUUGGGGUAGAUGCUACCAAAGCUGCUCUCUGGCUUGUUUAGUUUCUGCUACUUCAUGUUAGCUUUAACUUAAUGAUCAAAGUUUUUGUGUUAAGUAGAAAAUGUUGCAGUUUUAAACCAACAAACAUAGAUCUCAUGCUUGCAAAGGGUGGAAUGUUGGAGCUAGUACUUAUUCAAUAAGGGAUUUUAAAGAAUGAUAUAAUGUGUGUGUAUGUAUAUAUAUAUAUAUGUGUGUAUGUAUGUAUGUAUAUGUGUGUAUGUAUGUGUAUGUAUGUAUAUAUGUAUGUAUGUAUAUAUAUGUAUGUAUGUAUAUAUGUAUAUGUGUAUGUGUGUGUGUGUGUGUGUGUACAUGUAUGAAUAUAUACACACACCAUUUAUUUACUUGUUUAUGCUCUCUUCGGAUCAACUGGUGUUUGUGGUGUUCCAAACAUGGAAGGUGCAGAGUGCCCUCUUCAAAAUCAGCACUCUCAAUAUAGUUGAAGGGUGUUUCUCCGUCUUUUAAAAUUUUAAAGUUUUCAUUCAUUUAUAGAUAAGCAAAUACCUAAUAUUGGACAAUAAUACUGGUUAGCCGAUAAAUCAGUCAGGCUGUAAUUAGAGCUGCUAACUGCUGCUUUAGUCUCUUGCUUGACAUGUGACUUGAGCGCCAUCUGAUUUAAAGAUGCGAAAGAGAGAAUUUCCUCUGCCCAGGCCAAUGUCCUGUCUUAUAAUUUUAAGGAAAAAAAAACCAUCAGGAUUUACACAAAAAUGUAAUAGGAUCUUCCUUUAUCCAUGCUCCACCUCUCCUCCAAGGCUAACAGAAUUCAGUUUCGCUCAGUCUUGCUGACGACUGAACAAACAGCAUUUAAAAAAAAGGACUUAAAUCGAAUGGGUUAGGAUUUUUUUUUUUUUUUUGGGGGGGGGGGGGUAAAAGCCCAUAAUAUACUGUAUAUUGACCUAACAUUGAAAUAACGUUGACCUCGUCUCAGGUUACUGAUGAUCCUGUCAUUUCUGAUUAUUUGUACUGUCACGUUUGGAUGCA